AUGCGUGAUUUGCAGCGAGGGCGAAAACGUUCACGAGUAUCCCAUUCCACUCCAUGGACAAAGGACUACUUUGAUGUUCUAAGUCUCCAGUCGUGGGUGGUCUUUUCUCCUGUUCGACAGAACGGACCAAAACGGAGCGCUGUAUUAGACUCAUAUUUGACAUUUAUUCUUCUCCGUCUGGAAAUAGAAAUAUGGGCGGGAGAGGUAGCCCGCACUGGUUUUUAG